CUUCUUUCUUCCCAAACCCUCCGCUUGUUUCUCUUUUCUCUCUCUCUCUGUUUCUACUACAAACUCCUUCAACUGACUAAGAAGAAGAGGAAACAAAGGAAAGAAGAAGAAAAUCUAUGGCGGAUGUUGUACAGUUCAAGCUGGAGCGUAUGCUCCCUGAGCUCGACGACCUUGAAAAACGUGGUCUAUUUAGCCGCCAGGAAAUAGCGGAAAUAGUGAAACAGCGCCGGAAAUUUGAGUACAGGCUGAAGAGACCUAGUCCAUUGAAGCAGGAUUUUGUAGCAUACAUUGACUAUGAGAAAAGUCUCGAUUCUCUACGACUUCUACGUAAAAAAGCUCAGAUGAAAACAACCGGCGAUAGAAAGUUGAAAAAGUCUGUUUCAGAUUAUGCUGGAGUUUCCAGGAUUAUUGAGAUUUAUCGGCUCGCCACCACUAGGUUUAAGGGAGAUAUAGAGCUUUGGUUUCAGUAUUUGGAGUUCUGUAGGGAGCGAAGGAAUGGUCGAAUGAAGAAGGCCCUUGCACAGGUAAUCAGGUUUCACCCUAAGGUGCCUGGAGUAUGGAUAUAUGCUGCAGCUUGGGAAUUCGAUAGCAACUUAAAUGCUGCUGCUGCUCGUGCCCUAAUGCAUAGCGGCUUGAGAGCAUGUCCAACUUCUGAGGAUUUGUGGGUAGAAUAUCUCCGAAUGGAGCUUACAUACCUGAAUAAAUUAAAGGCCCGCAAAGUUGUGCUAGGAGAGGAUGAGGGAACACUAGCUCGUUCUGGCAAAAGUGCUAAAGAGGAACAGUGGAGAGAUGAGAACAAGGAAUUAUUUAUUGUCCUUGAUGAUAAAAGAGAGGAAGACAAAUUAUCCAACCUUCACGACGGAGACUCGAAGGAGAAAUUAGAUUUAUUUAGGGAACAAGGUUUAAGUGUUCUUCAGACAGUUUACGGUGGUUCUAUUAAAGCCCUCCCUUCCAGUUUCAGUUUAAGAACAAAGUUUCUUGACAUACUAGAAGCAACAGAUUUAGGUCAUUCAGAAGAUAUGCGAAAUGAAAUACUUGCUGAUAUGAAACGGGACUUCUCAAAAGAACCAAAAUAUUGGGAUUGGCUUGCAAGACAGGAAGUGAUUGAUCUUAAUAAUCCAGAGACUACUGAAGCAAUGACAGCUGAUCAGUUAAGCAGAGCAAUUCAGGUUUAUGAGGAGGGUUUAAAAAUUGUGCCUUCAGCUUCAAUGUUUGAUUGUUAUGCAAAGUUCCUGAUGGAUGUCAUCCGUUUUAAAAAUAAGGGAAGUCAAUCUUCUGAGCUCUUCAGUACAGCUAGUCAUGUUAUGGAUCCUAUUUCACAUCUCCUGGUAGUAUAUGAAAAGGCUGAAACCAUGGGGUGCAUCACAGAAGAUCUUGCUUGCCAGCAUGUUUCUUUUCUACUGCAACUUGGGAAAGUAGAUGAAGCUAAGACUUUGGCGGAGAAAUUGUGUUCUGGAAAAUUUUCAGAAGCAGUGCAGCUAUGGGCUUUACGGUUCUCAAUAGAAAUGAGAUUUAUCCAGAAGAACUGUACUCCAAAUAAGGCAGCUCUGUCUUCUAUCUUUGAACCCCUGAGAAGUGUUUUGUUGAAACUUCCCAUAUUAGAAGCAGAAACUAUAUGGCUUAUGGCGCUCAAAUAUUUUUCCACUCAUAAGAAAUUCUUUGACAAGUUGGUUGAGACUUCUAUAUCUUUACUGGCCAAAGAUGGUGGAAGUGAUGAUGGUUUUUCCCUCUCUACUACCAUCGUCAAUUUUGUUCUGCAAAGGGAUGGACUUGGGAGUGCUAGAGAGUUGUAUAAGAGAUUUCUUGCUUUACCGCAUCCAGGACUUUCUUUAUACAGGAAUUGCAUUGAGCUGGAAUUGAACCUUGCGUCUAGUGGAGAUAAGAUUAGUCUUGGAAAUGUCCGAAAACUAUUUGAAACUGCACUUACAACUUAUGAUCAAGAUGUCAGAUUGUGGCAAGACUAUUAUAAUAUGGAAAUCAAGAUGGGAACAUCAGAAACUGCAGCAGCUGUUCACUGGCGAGCACGGAAAACCCUCAAGAAGAGUAUUUCCCUUGUACCCUCACUGGAUAUGUGAUCAAUCUCAUGUGUGAAUACCGUCAAAAUUUGACUUGGGAAUACUUUGAGCAAGUAAUAUUAACCAAAGCUCUCUGUGGAGGUCUGGCUAAUGUGAUUUCUUAUGUGGUGCACCAUCUCAUAUAUCAUUGAGCUGCCAAUCUUAAUCUACAUCACAAUUUGCAGUAUUGGUUCUCUUUUGAGGACAUCUUAUGUGAUCUGAGUCACUGUUAAAGGAGCCUUGCUAUAUUCUUAGGCAGGACUUUGGCAGCAACUGUGAUAUAAAGCCUUUAGGAGAGAGCUAUUGUCAAUUUUCUUGACCUCUCAAACUACUUGGAACGACAAAAUUUUGUAGACGAGUACCUUUAGCUUUGUGUGUCAAACAGACAAUGUACCAUUUCUAUCAAGAAAGCCUUCAUAUGGUUUCUUCUAAUUUCAUUAUUUCAAGACUCUUUUCUUUUUGUUCAAAUAUAGUAAUAUUUUCAUGUUGA